UAUAAAAAGAAUGUUGUGAUCAUAGCAUUGAGUGUUGAUAAGACUGGUAGGCAUGGAAACCAACCGCCAUGCAAGGCCAGAGCAUACAACAAAAGAAGAAAGAAAGGGCCGGCAGCCAACAACUUGUGCGGGCCUGACAGUCGAAAUAUACCUGACACGCAUAAAUCGACCCUUCUUCCUCAUUGGUUCAUCGGAGCUGGAGGGCCUUCUGCAUUUACACCGAAUCAUGAACAUGGACGUGACUGCUAUGUUCUCCGUACAAUCGUGCACGUUUCUGAUUCCCCUGCUGGGCAGAAUUAUUAUAUCUUCGGGAUGGCUUUGUCUUCUCCAAGAUCAAACCUUUGAUCUGAAAAAUCCUUCGCACAGAAGAACCAGUAGAUUCAGAUUCAUUCCAUGGCGGCGCGGUUCCUGAAAAACCCACCGACGGCCCAAAAGCCCCAUUGGUACUCUGCCGAAACCGGAAUUUAUAGAAGCACAUACUCUUCGCUUCCAUUGCCGUCUGAUCCGUUUCUGGAUGUCGUUUCCUUCAUUUUCUCGCAUAAACAUGGCGGCGGGACCGCUCUGGUUGAUUCGAAAUCCGAGGGUUCAAUUUCAUACCCUGAAUUGCGUUCCCUUGUCAAGUCCACAGCCAGUGGCCUUCAUCACCAAAUGGGUGUUUCUCAAGGUGACGUCGUCUUAAUUCUGCUGCCCAAUUCCAUUUAUUUCCCUGUUCUUCUGUUGGGUGCUUUGAGUGUCGGUGCAAUUGUGACCACCAUGAAUCCUCUCAGCAGCUUGUUAGAGAUAGAGAAGCAGGUUCGUGAGUGUAAUGUGAGACUGGCAUUUACUACCCCUGAUAGAGUUGAUGAAUUGGAUAAAUUAGGCGUCCGGGCUAUUGGAUUGACAGAGAAUUUCGUGGUUGAUUCAAAAACUAAUUUGGGUUCUACUUUUGGAAAGCUGAUUUCAUCCGAUCCUAGAUCGGCUCCAAACCCGAGAAUCAAGCAACAGGACACUGCAGUUAUACUCUAUUCCUCAGGAACUACUGGGAGUUGUAAAGGCGUGUUGUUGACUCACCAGAAUUUCAUAGCUAUGGUUGUACUGUUUGUGCGGUUUGAAGCUUCACUGUAUGAGCAACUAAGUACAGAAAAUGUGUACUUGGAUGUUAUACCCAUGUUUCAUGUGUAUGGGCUGUGUCUCUUUGCGAUGGGGUUGUUAUCUCUGGGCUCUACUGUGGUUGUGAUGGGAAAAUUUGAUCCUGAUGAGAUGGUAAGAGCUAUUGAAAAAUAUGGUGUUACUCAUUUCCCUCUUGUCCCACCAUUACUAAUGGCAUUGACAAGGAGAGCAAAACACGUACAUCCAAAUUGUAUGAAGAGUUUGAAACAGGUUUCUUGUGGAGCUGCUGCAUUGAGUAUGCAAUGUAUCGAGGACUUCAUUCACACACUCCCCCAUGUUGACUUCAUUCAGGGUUAUGGCAUGACUGAGUCCACGGCUCUCGGAACACGCGGUUUUAAUACCGAGAAGCUACGUAAUUACUCGUCAGUUGGACUUCUUUCACCAAACAUGGAAGCCAGAGUUGUUGAUUGGAUUACUGGUUCAUCGUCACCUCCAAACAGCACUGGUGAGCUCUGGCUACGUGGUCCUGGUGUCAUGAAAGGGUAUGUAAAUAAUGUUGAGGCCACCAAGUCUACAAUAGACGAUGAUGGCUGGCUUCACACAGGUGACAUUGUUUACUUUGACGAAAAUGGAUAUCUUUAUGUGCUUGACCGCUUGAAAGAUGUCAUAAAAUAUAAGGGCUUCCAGAUUGCUCCUGCUGAUUUAGAAGCUGUAUUGUUGUCUCAUCCAGAUAUUAUUGAUGCUGCAGUAACCUCAGACAUUGAUGAGGAAGCUGGGGAAAUCCCAGUGGCCUUUGUGGUUAAGAGAGCUGACUGUGCUCUGUGUUCGACAGCUGUAAUCAAUUUUGUAGCCCAACAGGUAGCACCAUACAAGAAAGUCAGAAAGGUCUUCUUUAGAGAAUGUAUACCAAGGUCUGCAGCAGGUAAGGUUCUGAAAAGGGAACUGAAGAACAUCUCGAGUUCGAGAAUGUAAGCUAUGCAUGUGACAUAUGCUACAUAAAAGCCCAUUUCAGCUUACUUAUAAAUAUCUUAAAGCCUUUCUUAUACAUUGUUGGAGAAAAGUGGGAAAGUGUUCAAUAGUUUGUAAUACGGCCUUAUGAUUCCAUACACCUUGCUCUUUUUUCUUUUGGAAAUAACAAUGGGAAUAAAUACUGGGUACUUUUGAUCAUCUGUGGUAACCUUUUUCAUUCACUUAUGUGAUGGGUCAUCAAAGUUUCACGCCUGCACCUCUCGUCCUUG